AACAACGACGACAUUCGGUUCCUGUAUGAAAGCGAAUGCGGCAAGCUCAAUCGGAAGAGUUUGGUUUGUUGCGUCGAUGCUUCGAUUGUUUACGAGAAUCAGGGCGAAGAUUCUUCGAAUGGAGUUGGAACAAGGGUUGAUGAAGCACCGGCUUCAGCUGGAGCCAACUCGGAAAAGUGGAAUCUGCUCCCUAAGCCAGGGGAGUGUGGAAUUCAACCUAGCUAUCAACUUUUCGGGGAGAAUGUCACCAAGUUGGAUGAGCAACCGUGGACGGCACUGGUGCAUUAUGGAAUUAUGCAGUACGAAACGACUUUCGAGUGCGGUGGUGCCUUGAUCAGCUCCCAAUACGUCUUAACGGCGGCCCACUGUGUGGCUGAUCGAAACAAGUGGAAAAAUUUAACAAUUCGACUGGGCGAAUGGGACACCGAAGCCACUGUGGAUUGCGUUGGGAUCGAGGACGACUUCGAAUUUUACUGUGCUGAUCCGGCGGUGGAUGUUCCGGUGGAAAAGGUCAUUCUUCACGAGCAGUAUGCCCGGCAGCAUCGUCCGCAACUGAACGAUUUGGCCCUGCUUCGAUUGGUUCGGCCGGUCGAAACCACCAGCUGGAUACGACCAGUUUGCCUUCCGGACCCGGGUGCCCCCGCGGAAGGUUCCGCAGAGAAAAUAAGGGAUCCGGUGUACACUCUGGCCGGCUGGGGCAAUAAUGGAUGCGAUACAUCUAAAUAA